UACUCUAAGUCAACGAUCUACUGUAAUAAAUCGUCAUAAAUUGUUUAACGAUAAGGAAACACCUGCAAAAUGCCGAUAAUAAAAGCGAAAUAAUCACGAAUUAAGUUUUCUACAAAGUCAUUGUAGUCAUAUAGUUCUAAACUAAAAGUAAUAGGUGAUUUGACAGUAAUUCAGAUGGAUUAGUAACAGGCAAUUUCCUGGAAUGUUCUAAUGAUACAGACUGUGUAGCAGAUAUGGCCUACUGUGAUGAAAAUUUCAUUUGCCAAUGUCCCCCGGGGCAAGUGUACAAUAUAGACGGAACCGACUGCUUAGAUUUGGUUGUGGGUCAUGGAGCUCCCUGCAUUGACGAUAACCAGUGUUCGUGGCUUUUAGGAAGGUACGUUUGCUCAAGGGGAGCCUGUGCCUGCGACGACGGCUGGUGGUAUUACAACGGAAGAUGCAGGAGAGCUGCAGGUCUGGGACAAUCCUGCAACUCCACCGAAAAUUGCUACAAUGGCUACGAUAUUUUAGCCAUGGUAUGCAGCAAUGGAAUUUGCACUUGCAGCAGUGACUACUAUCUACGAGGGAACUACGACUGCAGGCCGAAAGCGCAAGAAGCGGGUGAUUAUUGUUCUUUGGACUCGGAUUGCGCCAGCCUCGGCGACGAUUAUGUUUGCAAAGUGGCAGCCUGCGUUUUCUCUCCAACAACAAUCGCUCCAACCACAAUCGCUCCAACCACAAUCGCUCCAACCACAAUCGCCCCAACCACAAUCGCUCCAACCACAAUCGCCCCAACAACAAACAGUCCAACUACAAUCCCUCCAACCACAAUCGCCCCAACAACAAACGCUCCAAUCACAAUCGCCCCAACGACAAACGCUCCAACCACAAUCGCUCCGGACACAACCACCCUCACGAGCACCGAAAGCAGCUUGUCGGAUUUAAUUUCGGAUUCGUCUCAGGAAGUUUUGCAAGCAGCAGAGCGAUCAGCGCUUUUAAGUAUUACCGAAAGGGCUACAACGAACAUCAGUUGUGUUGACACUAGCGAUUGCACGAACGUUACCGAAAACUCCGUCUGUUACUACCCAAUUAGUACAUGCGUAUGUAAAAGGGGUUACUAUUAUAACUCCGGGUCUGGAUUAUGUAUUCCAGAAAUUGGCGUGUACUCGGGCUGCACCAGUGACACAGACUGCGGUAUUUCAACGAGUAGAUGCCUCAAUGGAAGUUGCUACUGCAGGAAAACAUACUUCACGCUGCCAGGCAACUUUGCAUGUCAGAAACCGAUGGCUAUUGACAAUUUGUGGUGCAACAACGUCGAAAGGUGUUACGUUAUGGGCACAUCUGUUUCAUGUAGAAAUAACCAAUGUUCUUGUACAUCAAAUGCAGUGUUAGACGAAGAUUAUAUUUGCAGAGUGACUGUUAAUAUCACUGAAACGCCAACCGGAUGUAGCAGCGAUUGGGAUUGUAGAAGUGAAUUACAGAACUCGGUCUGUAGUAACGGAGAAUGCGUCUGUCCGAGCAAUUAUCGAUUAGAAAAUUCCGUCUGCUUACCAAACUUGGGUGCUACAUGUGACGGCGCGAGCGCUCUUUGCACCAUCAAUCAUGCGAGCUGCACCAGCGCUAAUCUAUGUCAAUGUGACACAAAUUACAUCGCCUCUGAGAACGCCACGACAUGCUAUCAAGUUGCGGAAGGAUUGGGAGCGAACUGCCAAAAGGACUUGCAAUGCUUGGCUUCAGUGAACGAUUCCGUUUGUCUAAAUGAUGUUUGCACAUGUGCUGAUAACUACAAGGAUAUCGAAGGAAAUUGUUUUCUUAUGAAAGCAAUUGGAGAUAGAUGUUCCAAUGUUCUUGAGUGUAGGGUUACGUUAGGAGAAAAUGUCUACUGUAGAAAGGGAAUUUGUCAAUGUCCAGCAAAUAUGAUUCGCACUGACGAUGGAUUAGACUGUAUCAACAGUGGAACUGCUAAACCACAUUUCUCAUUUUAUAGUACUACUGCUGUGAUUUUAUUAACAUUCUCAGUUUUGUGGGUACAAUAAAACCACUACCUUAUAUGUACUAAUUCAAUAAAUAACAUUUUUAUAAGUGUA